AUGGAGGUCGCUCGUACCUCCAUGAUCCAUGCGGCUGCUCCCCAUUUUCUGUGGCCGUUUGCGGUCCGGUACAUUGCGCAUCAGCUCAACCUCUGGCCCCGUGUCUCCUUGCCGGAGACCUCGCCCAUACUGCGUUGGACGGGGGAGGUUGGCGAUGCGUCGAUGUUCCGGGUCUGGGGAUCUCGUGCCUUUGUUCGCGAUACGUCCGUGGACAAGCUCUCCCCCCGUGCUAUCCCCUGCGUCUUUCUUGGCUUUGUCCCUGACGCACCUGGCUGGCAGUUUUACCACCCCACCUCGCGCCGUCUCUUCCCUUCUCAGGAUGUCACGUUUGACGAGUCGGUUCCACCCCCUGGGGGUGCUGCGUCUGGGGGUGCGGAGCCUGGGAGUGCGGAGUCUGAGGGUGCUGAGACUGGGGGUGCUGAGCCUGGGGGUGUUGCGACUGGGGGUGGUGAGCCUGGGGGUGCUGAGCCUGAGGGUGUUGAGCCUGGGGGUGCUGAGUCGGAGGGUGCGGAGUCUGGAGCUGGAGGAGCUGGAGCUGUUCACUCUGGUAGCACUGUGCGGCCGCGACCGUACUUUGUUCCCCUGCUCCAGCAGGUUCUUGGUACCCUGCCUUCUGCUGCCCUUACUCCUCCCCUCCUGUGUCCCCCGCCUGACCAAUCGCAGCCGCCGUUACAGCCGGCCUCUCCACUGCUUGCUCCUUCUCCUUACACAGAGCGUUCUGGCGGUAUUACAGAGCGACGUGAGCCUACGUCUCGUCCUGUCUCGCUUGUUCGCACUGCUCGUUGCGUUCCUCGUUCGCGUCCUCCUCUUGUCCAUGGCACGCACGCUAUGGUACUCUGUCCUUCCUCUGUUCCACUGCGGGUUCCUCUGCCUGCUCCUCCUGAGUCCUCUCUUCCUGAGGUCCCUGACCCUGAGUCUGCCAGUGCUCGUGCUGCCAGUCCCACUGUCUCUCGUCUCCUCGCCACAGCUGUCACUGACCCUUCUUUUGAGUCUGCUGCUGCGUCUGCUCUCGUUGCUGAGCUGCUUGACUUUGCUGCUGCCUGUCGUCUAGACUACGCCUCUGCUCUUGUUGCUGAGUCUGCGUCUGCCAGUCCUCUGUCCGUCGGGGGUGAGUGUGCUCUUGGCACGGACGUCUUUGAGGACAGGGUGAAGCGGCCGCCGGGUUCUCCGCCUAUCUUCAAGGCGCAUUACGUUGCUAGAGGCUUCAGUCAGCGACAGGGAGUUGACUACUUCCAGACCUUCUCCCCCACCCCGAAGAUGACUACUCUUCGAGUGUUGCUGCACGUCGCUGCUCAGUGUGACUACGAGUUGCACUCUCUGGACUUCAGCACAGCUUUCCUGCACGGCAGCUUGAACGAGGAGAUCUGGCUGCGCCGCCCACCUGGUUUCACUGAGUCUUUUCCUGCAGGUACUCAGUGGAGUCUUUGGCGGCCAGUCUACGGUCUCCGCCAGGCGCCGCGCGAUUGGCACAACAUACUGAGGACUACACUUGUGGCUCUUGGGUUUGCUCCUGCUACUGCUGACCCGUUGCUGUUUCUACGCACCGACACUUCGCUGCCGCCGUUCUACGUCCUUGUCUACGUGGAGGACCUCGUCUUUGCUACUGCUGACACUGAGGCACUGACUCUUGUGAAGUCGGAGCUGCAGAAGAGACACACCUGCACUGAACUGGGUGAACUGCGCAGCUAUCUUGGCUUGCAGAUCACCCGGGACAAAGCUCGGCGCACCAUUACCCUGACUCAGUCACACAUGGUGCACCAGGUCCUUCAGCGCUUCGGCUUCCAGUUCUCCUCGCCACAGCCCACUCCUCUGUCUACCAGCCACUCGCUCUCAGCUCCACCUUCGGACGAGUCCGUAGAGCCGAGUGGUCCGUACCCAGAGCUUGUGGGUUGCCUCAUGUACCUGAUGACGUGCACUCGACCCGACCUCCCGUACCCUCUCAGCCUCCUGGCUCGCUACAUGGCUCCCGGUAGGCACCGAAAGGUGCACUGGGAUGCUGCGAAGAGGGUACUGCGUUACUUGUGCAGUACGUCGGGCAUGGGGCUCGUGCUUGGAGUACGGGGUCCAGAUAUCCUUACCGGUCAAGCAGACGCCUCCUGGGUUGACGACUCAGCUACGCAGCGGUCGUCACAGGGUUACACCUUCAGCCUUGGUUCCGGCUCUGUUUCUUGGCGGUCUACCCGUUCGUCUUCGGUUCUCAGCUCCAGUUGUGAGCCUGAGAUCUACGCCGGGGCCAUGGCUACACAGGAGCUACGCUGGCUCACCUACCUGCUGACUGAUUUGGGAGAGCAGCCUCGUUCCCCUCCAUAA